AUGUCCAACACAAUUGCCACUGUAACGGGUGUUGACAGCGAGCCUCCAAGGCGGCUGAGCACUUCUCUUCGGUCUCCGGCUGGUAAUAUUCCAUACUGGAAUGUCAAUGUCGCUCCGGCUCGCUGGACGGUCGAAUGUCCCAGUUUCUUGCAAAACCAGCCAGAGAAGAAUAUAGGCAUUCUCUCGACACCCGACGAACGGUAUCAACGACAAGGCUGGGAAUUCGUGCGGCAAAUAGUCGAGAACAACCAAAUCGAUCAAUUCCAACGCCUACCUAGUGACCUGAGAAAAUACCUAGAGUACAAGGAACAGAUUAUUGCCCAGUAUGGGUCUAUAAUGCGAUUUGUGGUUAAGGAACGGCUUCGUUGGGGGGAAGGAACUACCGACGAUCUAAGACCCAGAGGUCAACCCUUUGAGUACGAAGAGGAUAUGCGAAUAUUAUACAAUGACUGGCCAUAUGGGUUGGUGGAUGGCAUUGUUCAUUUAGUAGUCUGGACGAAGUUUGAUCUAGAAGAUGACCCAGCAACAGACGACUUGACACCGCGCGCAAGACAGGAGAUCGACGACUUUGUGAAACGGGUAUUCUGCUCGCGGAUGGGACCAGGCCAGGUUGUAUGGUUCAAAAACUGGAGGUCGCUCAAGUCAGUGCAUGCUGUUGAACAUUUCCAUGUCAUGCUACAUAAUCCGGAUCCAGCCUUUGUCGAGGAGAUCACAGGCGCAGACGUGCCCUGGUCGAUAAGAGGGGUCUGA